UUGGCCAAUGGGAGCUGUUGGUGUGAGACGUGCUGCCCAAUCGGCUGCGUUUGUUGAGACGCUUCGAAGAAGUUGGCGGCAGCGUUUGUUCAAAACAGAACGGAGAAGUUUCGGCCACGCUUUUAAAGUCAAAAUCGUGCUCAUUUUCCACGAAGAUGCAGAAUAAAGAAAAUUACGAGCUGAGGACCACCCAGCGGCCGUUUGCCACCCCUACCACAUUAACGGGGCCCCAGCGUGUUUUGGUGAAGCCGCGGCUGGCAACAACUGGCAAAAAUAUCAUCACAGGACCAGGGAGAGAAUGUGUGAGUUCGUCUUCCAGUUCAGGUGCAAAGAAGCUCUCCAUCGGUGACUUUGACAUCGGCCGACCACUCGGGAAAGGCAAGUUUGGCAACGUGUAUCUUGCCAGAGUGAAGAAGAUGCAAGCGGUUGUGGCUCUGAAGGUGCUGUUCAAGUCCGACAUGGAGAAGGAAGGUGUGGAGCACCAGCUCAGAAGGGAGAUCGAGAAUCAAGCCCGUCUCAAGCAUCCCAACAUCCUGCGCUUUUACAACUACUUCCACGAUCGAAAAAGGGUGUUUCUGGUGCUGGAAUACGCUCCACGCGGCGAAAUGUACAAGGAGCUGCAGCGGUGCGGACGAUUUGACGAGCAACGCGCUGCAACCUACAUGGAGGAGAUAUCUGACGCGCUGCAGUACUGCCACGAGAGGAAGGUGAUCCAUCGCGACAUCAAGCCAGAGAAUCUGCUUCUCGGCUAUCGCGGAGAGCUGAAAAUAGCCGACUUCGGUUGGUCCGUGCACGCGCCGUCACUCAGACGUCGUACAAUGUGCGGCACACUGGACUACCUCCCUCCUGAGAUGGUGGAGGGCCACACCCACAGCGAGAAGGUGGACCUGUGGUGCAUCGGGGUCCUCUGCUACGAAUUCCUGAAUGGGAACCCGCCCUUUGAGACGUCCAACCAUUCCGAAACAUACAAAAGAAUCGUGAAGGUGGAUCUGAAGUUCCCUCGGGUAAUCUCUGAAGGCGCACGGGACCUGAUCUCCAACCUGCUCCGCCACUGCCCCAAAGAUCGCCUCUCGUUACAGGACGUCAUCGAUCACCCGUGGGUGCGCGCCAACUCCCGUCGGGUCUUGCCUCCCAUCCAUCCCGCUAAUACCUCGUGAUCACCCCACCUCGAAGGCCUCGUCUCGAUGGAGGUUUUUAUUUGUCUUUGCUUUACUCCACUGCCCAAGAUUUUGUGAUGUGUUCAUAUUAUUAUUCAUUCUUUUUAUGUUGUACAGUGUGGUGUACGAUUACUAGGUAGUCAAGAUGGUACUCCUCUCGGAAAAAGGUUCCUGACAAUGCCAAAGUGCUGUACUUCUCAACGCUUUUGCCCUAUUUGUUGGGUUUACAAAUAUCCCACAAGCUACACUUUAAAUUCAAAUAAAGACCUAAUCCUGUU